AUGACCAUGCUGGCUCCUCAUCUCGGCAAGGGACACACUUUGUACGUGGACAAUUGGUACAGCAGUCCCACACUCUUCCAGCAUCUGAUCUCCAACAGCACAGGUGCCUGUUGCACAGUCAGGUCGAACAGGAAGAGGAUGGCAGCAUUUGGAUGCAGGAAGAUGCAGAGAGGGGAGGUGGAGUUCCAGGAGAACGGUCAACAGCUGGCAGUGAAAGAUGUGUACACGCCUCACACAUUGCACGGGCACACACUCUGCAGCCUAGUCUUUGGUCAGGUAAGAGUUAGACACACCCACACUGUUGAAAAGGGAUUUAGACAGUGUGUUGAAGACCGUGCAGGUUUGAGGUCAAAGAAAAGACAAAGACACUAUCUACCCCAGGACACUGCCCACUCAGUAGCCUAUCAGAUAGUGUAUGUGGCCCGUAAUGUCAAGGACAAUGCAGUGUCUUAUUUCCACUUUGCCUGCAUGAACCAGGCCGAGCCAGAGCCAGGAGACUGGAACAACUUCUUACAGAGAUUCAUGGAUGGAAAGAUGGUGUUUGGUUCAUGGUACGACCAUGUGACUGGCUGGUGGGAGAAGAAACAGACUCACUCCAAAAUCCUCUACCUCUUCUAUGAGGACAUGGUUGAGGAUACGGGGAGAGAGCUGGACAGGCUGUGCUCCUUCCUGGGUUUGUCUCCUUCAGCAGAGGAGAAGGAGAGGGUGAGAGGAGGAGUGAAGUUUGACAACAUGAAAAAGAACAGCAUGGCCAACUGUUCUACCGACCCAGUCAUGGACUUUAAGAUAUCUCCCUUUAUGCGCAAAGGAAAGGUUGGUGACUGGAAGAACCAUUUCACUGUGGCCCAGAGUGAACAGUUUGAUGAAGACUACAGGAAGAAGAUGAAGAACACCACCGUACAGUUCCGCACUGUAGUCUAG